UUUUCAAUAAAUACUCCAGUGGUACUGACGGACAACACUGUAAAGUCUAAACUUGCUUUCAUCAGGGUUUUCUAAGUAUCAGUCAUUUCCGUGCUGCUGAAUAGUCUAACAGCUUUCAGACAAAAGAACAAAAUAUUCAUUUAUCCAGAACAACAAGGUGAUGGAGAUUCAUCAGUCUACUGUGAUUCUGCUGCUGCUCUUGAGUGUGUCAUCCUUCACUCAUGGUCAACCAGCAGAUAUAAUGCGUCGUUAUCAAAAAUUCCUCAAUCAGCAUCAUGGUCCUUUUGUGAAUAGGGAGAUGUGUACCAGUGAAAUCAGAAACAGAAACAUCGUCUCUGAAACUGGUGACUGCAAACCUGUCAACACCUUCAUACAAGCAGAAGAUCAUCAAAUUACAGCAGUUUGUGCCAGAAAUAAUCGACUGAACUCUAACCUGUAUAAAAGCAGCACGCCAUUUAAUGUGGUCACGUGUAGAUUAAAAAGUGGGCAGUGGCCAAACUGUGAAUAUUAUAGAGGAUCGUUAUACACGCGUUACAUUGUGUUAGCUUGUGAACGCGGCUUGCCUAUACAUUAUCAAGUCAUGUAAGUAAAGUACAGAUGACAGGUUGAAUAGAGCCUCUUUACAAUACUUAAAUGCUAAU